UGUCUUCAUUUUUCAUCACCAGAUCUAGGAUCGCGGUGACACAAGCAGACAUGAUCCACAAGGCACUGCCCACUCUUAGUAACUUUCGGAAGUCCGGAGCCUUGGUGCUCAUCGUGGCAUUUCUGGCGAUGUUUGUGGACACCAUGCUGACAACUGUCAUUCGACCCAUCAUGCCAGAUUACCUGUACAGAUUAGAACACCCAAACUUCACCGGCGCUAUCAUCACAAACCCUCAGCGAGUAAAACAGUUGGAGAAACUGAGCGUUAAACUGGGGAUUCUAUACGCUGCCAGUCCGGCUGCGUCCAUCAUAACAAACCCUGUUUCUGCAUGGUUGGCUGAUAGGUUUGGUUACACAUUGAUCCUAUACAUAGGCAUGGUUCUCGUCUUCUUCUCAACGAUUGCAUUCACCUUCAGCACGUCCUUCGCUAAGCUGUUCGCAGCACGUGCGGUUCAAGGUAUUGGGGGUUCUUUUUCUGUGAUUGCAGCCUUCAUGAUGCUGGCAAUGACCUUCAAGGACACGGACAGAGCAAAGGCAAUAGGAUUUUCUCAAUCUGGAAUGACCAUCGGUUUGCUGGUUGGUCCUGCCAUUGGUGGAGCGAUGUACGAGUCUCUAGGAUACAAGAGCCCUUUCCUGUUGAUAGCUGGGGUGACCGUUGUUGAUGGAGUGCUUCGUUUACUACAACAAAGGCCAGCAGAAGAGAAAUCGAAGGAAAACGCGGAAGAAUAUUCGAGCUUAAACUUAUUAAAGGACCCAUAUGUUCUACUAGCUGCAGCGUUCAUUUUCGUUGGAAUCGCAACGGCUAUGAUGGUAGGGGGGAUGGUACCCGUCUGGCUGAUGAUCUCUAUGAACGCUUCAGCGUGGCAGCAAGGAGUGGCGAUAUUACCUCAAUCGGUGGGCUACAUCAUUGGUUCUAUUCUAUCACCCGUGCUGGUGGGAAAAGCAGGGCGUUGGCGUCUGAUUCUUGUUGGAAGCUUAGGACUGGGAGUCUCUAUGACAAUUGCAAAUGCCCUUGUCCAGGAACAUCCCAGAGUUGAUCGCGCCCUACUUUGCUUUUGGAGUAGCCGGUGGGCUGGCAGAAACAGCUGUGCUAACAGAGAUAGGGGAGUUAGCGGACAGCAGACACGGCUCGAAAUACGGGAGCGCCUUCGCUAUCUCAGAAACCGCCAUCGGCGUCGGCACGACUAUUGGGCUUGCGGUCUCCGGAGUUUUGAUGGAAGCUGUAGGCUUUUUUUGGAUGAUGCUAGGCUUAGGGCUACUCAACGUACUUCUCAGUCCUGCUGCCAUCCUACUGCGGAAUGUACCAAGUACAGAAAAGAAGGACAAGUUGUCAAUCGUCUACAAGGAGGAGAACCAGCUGAAGACACAGUUCUACAAACCUCAACCUGGGGAGGAUUUCUAAGGAUAAAGUGACGAAAGUUAUUUGGGGGGAGGGGGUAUGUUUAUUACGUAAGAUGCAGGAUUUGUGCUCGUAUGUCGAAAAAGAAGUGGCCAAAAUUAGUAUGUAUUUGACACUUCUCACAUGCAUGACGUUACAUUGAUGUGCGACCUUAUUCAAGUGUCGGAUUUACAUACAGAUGGAGUCUGGUAACAAAAGAAAUAGAUUUGUGAACACUUUGCCCCUUCUUACACUAAAUUCACCCCUCAUGUAGACAUAGGUAAUAACUUUGAUACAAGGGCUCAGAAAUAAAGCACAUUUUUAAUAACAUAAUAAUAUAAUAUCUUUAUUGAAAACUCAUGCCCGAAGGCCAAUUGCAAAAAUACAUGUAUGAAAGUACAAUAAUGAUAUAAAUGAUACUGAAUGGUAUACAAUAACAAAGCGGACAUUAAGUGAAAUAGGGGUCAGCAACUAGUGAUACUUCUAAUAUUUCUUAUGCAUACUGUUGUAUUGUCCGUAUAGUGACACCCCAUAUAUAGAUAUAAUGCACUAACCCAGCCACUCCAACUAACAUCUGUUUUGAAUAAAGAACACUAUCCUGUACAACUCAAA